AUGACUUCAAUCACUGUGCCUGCCCCGAGGCGCGGCGAUUCGUUCUGGGAUUUUGUCAGUAUCGUCACGUCGGUUUACGUGUACGGCGUUGACUUUCUAUUUAUCCAGUUUCGGCAGGAACAAUUCUGGAUCGCGUUUUACGCUCUUGUUAUGUCGAUCAUCGCCAUCAUCUCGAUCAGUAUGAUGUUUAGUGAUAAGAUUGCUCACGCAUGCUACGAUGAGUCGCGCUCUAUUUGGAUUGGUGGCUUCGUACGGUUCAGUUGUGUGCCCAUUGUGCAUUACGUUAUCCUGCAAGGCAAUUUAGCCAGUCUGGUCGUUAAGCAUACACUGCCGCUGCGCGUCAUAGCCAUCGCUCUGUUCGUCGCAAGCUACAUCAUCUAUGAGAUUAAGGUCCCCGAAAGAUACAUCGAAGUGCUUAAAAUCGUUCAUCGACCCCUCAGUGACAGUCUCAGACUCUUGAUCUUCAAAAAGUAACACUCUAAAACAACAAAUAG